GUUGUUCUGUACCACCGCGACAGCAUACGCCGUCAUAACAACAGUUACACGCUUCUGCAGCUAUUACUGGCUCAACAAAGAGCCUCGAAGAGCACCUCAAGCAGGACGCACACUUGAACACCGUCCCAUUGGCUCUAACUGGAUAAUUUAAACAUAGCAACGUAAUCAAACCAUAUCGCACUGCAAAGGACGUUUUGCCAGCUUACCCGGACGAGCGGGUAGUGUCGACAGCCCCGGGCGAGGGCCUGGCCUGGCCAUGAGGCGGGCCAGCAAUGAACCUGAGUAGUAUUAGAUGGACUGUAGACUCCGGCAAACGCAGGGUCGCAACCGAAGUCGGGCGGGUCAUGCUCCUGGUGUGACAAUUGCAAGGGCCGCCUCACAUCCGGAGCCUUAGCCAGCUGCGCGCGGAGCCAGCGACACGUCGUGGUAGCCCGCCUGGAGCAGGGCGACAGGCGUAUCGACGGAAGCGCGCAGUGCCGGCGGCCGAAGGUAGGGGUAGCCUUCCGCUCGGCCCGUUGACAAGUCGCACGGGAGCGGAAGGGCGCGGCAACCUCAUCGACGACGGCUGCCCCCCACCCAGCACCCGCUUCACGCACAGCAGCCACUGACAGCAAACAACAACAGACAGCAGCGAGCAUGACAACCGUCACAACCACCAGCACCGCGCACGGCCACGUACCGCCAGCGGCGCCGCCGGCUGCUGCAGCGGCACAGCCGCCAGCGCCGCAGCCGCCGCCCCAGCAGCAGCAGCAGCAGCAGCUGUCGGGGAGUACGAUGCAGGCGGCCACAGUGCGAUGCCCGCCGUCGCUGUACCGGGAGCGGUACAACUACGCCGACUUUGAGGUGCUGCGGACGUAUGCGGAGGGGCCCAACUGGUCUGUGCUGGCGGCGCGCUGCCGCUGGAGCGGGGAGCAGGUGGUGCUGCAGACCUACUGCGAGGUGGGCAACGUGUCGGGCUGCAUGGCGGCAGCUCUGGCGGCGGCGCACAGCCUGACGCACCACCCGGCGCUGCUGCCGCUGUACGCGGUCUUCCGCGACUCCGUGGGCGGCAUGGGCACCGGCCUGCCACGCAGCGACCGCGUCGUCAUGGUGUACCCGGGCGGGCCCCAUCAGCGGCCGCUGGAUGCACAGGGCUUGUCGCCACAGGCCACUGCCGCCGCCGCCGCCGCCUCGCCGAACCACUCAUCGACCUCCGCAUCCGCAGUAGCAGCAGCAGCAGGAGGCGGGGCAGGUGGUGGCGGCGGGCCGCCGGUGAGCGAGCGGAGCGUGGUCCGCAACCUGCUACAGCCGCUGACUGACCUGGUGGCGGUGCUGGGCGCGGGCGGGCUGCGGCCGCCGUACGUGUGCGGGUUGGAUGUGUGGCUGGGCAGUACGGAGGCGGCGGCGCCGGGGCAGGCGCUGUUCAUGGUGCCGCUCAUGUGCCACCGGCGCGGCCGCCACCCGCCCACCGCCGCGGAGCUGUGCGGCCCCGUGGCGCUGCCCUACGUGGCGCCGGCGCUGCGGACGCGGCCCGAGGCGGCGUGCGACCAGGCCGAGCAGGACGAGAGGCUCAUACGCAGGUGCCUGGCCUGGUCGGCUGCGGCGCUGGCGCACGCAGCACUCAUGGGCGCACCGCCCGCCGACCGGUCGGCACUGCGGCGGCUGCGCAAGGGCGGCGCCACCGCCCAGCCCGCCGCCUCCGGGCAGCCGGCCGCAGGCGUGUCGCCGACACAGAGCUCACCCACAGGCCACGCGGGGGGCGGCGGCGCCUCGCCGCUAUCGCUGCCGCCGCUGUCGUCGCCGGCGGGCGGGAGCGGUGGGCCGGGGCCAUCGCCGCUGCAGUCGCGGCCCAGUGGGGCCGGCAGUAGCAUGCUGCAGGCGCUGGGGAUACAGCGGGCAGGCGUGGCGGCGGGGGUGGGGGUGGGCACGGGGCCGCUGCCCUCGGCGACUGGUGCAGGUGGGAGUGGGAGUGGGGGUGGUGGCUGCUCGCCUACCAGCACGCUGCCGCGCCGCAUCAGCAGCAAUGGUAUGCCGUACGGCGGCCCCUCCUCCUCCGAAGGCGCGCUACUGCCGCCCGCUGGCAGUGGCAUGCUACUGCCGCCCGCUGGCAGUGGCAUGCUACUGCCACCCGGCGGCAGCGGCAUGAUGACGCCCGGCAGCUCCGCCAGCUACGGCACGCCCGGCAGUAGCAUGCGGCAGCGCGGCACCAGCGGCGGCCCCGGCAGUAGCAGCAGCGCCGCCUCCUCCCACCACCACGGCAGUAGCAGCAGUAGCGGCGCGCCGCAUGCGCUGGGGGUGGUGCCGCUGUGGCUGAGCGAGGAGGCGGGGGACUGGUUCCGGAGGGGGCUGGUGAUGGACGACACGGCACGGCCGGCGCUGGAGGAGCUGUGUCGGCACGGCUGGAUGACGAGGCACGCGGUGGCUCGGGCGGCGUCCAUGGGGCAUUCCGUCAAGCGCGAGUCGCUCAACGGUCUGCCGCGCGAGCUGUACCCCAUGAUGCUGGACCUGGCGCCGCUGGGCGUGAGCCGGCCGGGGCGGGAGGAGGUGGAGCACAUGAUGGCGGAGAUGGCGGCGGCGGAGGGCCUGAGCGCAGCCAAGCCGGCGCUGCCCUGGCAAGUGCACGAGGGCCCGCAGGACAUGGGGCCGCUGCGAGACAUGGCCGCAAUGGCGGCGGCGGGUGGCGGCGACGACGACGACGAUGACGACGACGGCGGGGCGGCGGCGGCGGCCGGUGACGUGAUUGAGCGCAUCGAGGUGGCGGAGCAGCAGGGCGAGGAUGGCAGCCGCAUCGUCGAGGAGGUGCGGGUGGUGGGCGGCAAGGCGGCCGGCACCGCACUGGGCCGGGCUGCGCGGGCACUUCAGGCGGCGCAGCGCAUGCAGGUGGCGGGGCGAGGCGCUGCGCCGGGCGGCGGCGGCGGCGGCAUGUGGGUCGCGGCCAACCCGCGCGGCACCACGUUCGACGACAUCGCGCGGUGGAACAAGGAGCAGCAGGCGCGGGGCGGCCGUACGCGCCGGGCCACGGACACCUCACCCGGAGCCUCUGGCCCCGCUGCCGGGCGCCCCAGCGGCAGCGGCCUCGUGCCGGUCGAGCUGCCGCCCGCCGCCGGCUCCUCGCCGCCCAAGGGCGCCGCCACGGCAGCGGCAACGGAGGCCGGGCGGCGAGGCAGCAGCAGCGGUGUGGGCAGCAGCCCCACCGUGCUGCCGGCGGUGGUGGAUGGAAAGAGCAAGAGCCCCGGCGUGCGCGCCAAGCUGACUGGCAAUAAGGCUAAGUAGCAGGAGGUUCCGCGGUGGCUGUGAAGAGUUUUGAAGCCUGCGUGUGAUGGGGGUCGCGGGGUGCGUGUGGGGUUGCGUGUGGAUUGCGCAACAUCGCAGGUGGCGAACAUUUUGUGGGGUGCUGAUGCAGGUGGCGCGUUGCAGCCACAGGUAGCGACUGGUGAUGGUGACUUCACAUACUUCUUGAUUGCUGGCGUUAUUGUGCACGCACAGGCGUCCUGGCAAACGGAUGCUGAAGAUCCUUUGCGUUUAUGCGCCUUCGAUAACCUGGCGGAGGGGAGGUCCCGUAGAACUGUAGGCGGGGCCGUACACGCUGCGCGGCACUAGGCGAACUGAGUGGUAUGUAGUCUGGGCACGCGGCGUGAGCAGGGGGCGGUUUGUUCAAGAAAUGGCGGCGUGUAUAGCAAGGGCGUGCAGUGCGAGGUCGUGCGCUGCAGAUCCAUUCGGACCCUGCGAAGGGUUUGUGUAUCCGAACCUGACUCAUACGCCACCGCAUUUCAUUAAUUCCUUGCCUUUCUGGCCGGCUGUCGACACCUGCGCGCAGACAGAGCUGCGAGCUCCGCAAUGAAUACGGAUGCCUGCGUUACAAAGCUUCAUACUCACAGAGACAACAUGUAAAUUGCAUCUGUAAUUGAUUUGCGCC